AUGGCUCCAAUUGGAGCUGCAGGAGGGAGCGUGUUCCCGGGAUUCUUUGUGCAACUCCUUGACUGGAAAUGGCUUUAUUUCUUUCUAGCCAUGGUCGGGACCGUUGUCUUUUUGGUCUUCGCCUUGAUAGUCCCUGGGGAGCCAGAACCGAUGAAUCCAGGCGGUCACAUUGACUAUCUUGGGGGUUUCCUCGGCGUAACAGGUCUGAUUCUGUUCAACUUCGUGUGGAACCAAGCACCUGUGGUUGGCCGGGACACGCCUUACAUAUACAUCCUCUUGAUCGUGUCAAUUCUGGUCUUUGCAGCUUUCGUAGCGUGGGAGUGGAAGGGCACCAAGUUUCCGAUUCUUCCUCUGUCGCUGUUCCAGGCACCGACUUUUAGCGCCAUGAUUGUCGCAGCCUUUUUGACCUUCAUGUCUGUCGGAAUCGUUACAUGGUACAUUACCGUGAUCAACAUCAACAUCAGGCAUUACACCAUCUUCGAAGACGCGGCGAGUUAUGCAACUUUGGCUGUAUGCGGAGCUUGUGCAGCACUACUGUCUGCCGUAUGUAUUCGCGUUCUUCCUGCGCAGGCCAUCAUGGUCAUCGGGAGUCUUGGGUCUGGAUGCGCUCUGAUCCUUGUCGCAACAUCCCCCGCCCAUCAGACAUACUGGGCGCAAUUUUUCCCGGCGUUGAUGCUAACCGCUCUGGGACCCGACUUUCUCUUCACAGCCAGCCAAAUUGUUGCCAGUAACUCGGUAUCUCGACAGCAGCAAGGAGUCGCGGGGAGCUUCAUUGGUACGUUACUAGCAUACGGUCUGAGUACAGGACUUGGCUUUGCAGGUACGGUCGACGUGUACACAAAAAGAAGUGGGAAGGAUGAGCUCGGAGGGCAUCGGCGUGCACUUUGGCUCGGAGUUGGGUUUGCAUUUACGGCCUCGAUUGUUGCAGUGCUCUUUGUUCGAAUCCCUAAAGACACCCGCGAAGGCUGGGACGAAGAGAAGUCAGACUCUGAAACCAGAGCUCCGGUUCCCGUGCAUCGCAGUGCGUGA